UCAUUCCCGAGCGGAUUGUUUGUUGUCAAGAUGGAGUUCUUACUAGGCAAUCCGUACAGCACUCCCGUGGGCCAGUGUAUAGAGAGGGCCACGGAUGGGGGCCUGCAGAAUGAGGACUGGACCCUCAACAUGGAGAUCUGCGAUAUCAUCAAUGAGACAGAGGAGGGGCCAAAAGAUGCUGUUCGGGCGCUGAAGAAGAGACUUAGUGGCAACAAGAACUACAGAGAGGUGAUGUUGGCACUAACGGUAUUGGAGACAUGUGUGAAGAACUGUGGUCACAGGUUUCACGUCCAGGUGGCCAACAGGGAUUUCAUUGAUGGCGUGCUGGUCAAAAUUAUUUCCCCCAAAACCAACCCACCAACCAUUGUACAAGACAAAGUGCUGGCCCUCAUACAGGCCUGGGCGGAUGCCUUCAGGAGUAGCCCUGACCUGACUGGAGUUGUCCAUAUUUAUGAGGAACUGAAGAGGAAAGGCAUUGAGUUCCCAAUGGCAGACCUGGAUGCGCUGUCUCCUAUCCACACACCACAGAGGGGUGUACCAGAGGUGGACCCAGCCAUGCUGAAAUACAAAGCCCCUGCUUCCCCUGCUGGUGGACUCCCUAAACCUGCAGCCAGCACGGCACCUGUCACUGCCACACAGAUCCCCCACAUCCCUAGUGUUCCUGGCCCCAUCACAGCAACCCCUGAACAGAUUGCCCGACUGCGUAGCGAGCUGGACAUUGUGAGAGGAAACACCAAAGUCAUGUCAGAGAUGCUAACAGAGAUGGUCCCCGGCCAGGAAGACGCCUCUGACCUAGAACUGCUUCAGGAGCUGAACAGGACAUGCAGGGCCAUGCAGCAGAGAGUAGUUGAACUGAUUUCUCGCGUCUCCAACGAGGAGGUGACUGAGGAGCUGCUACAUGUCAAUGAUGACCUCAACAACAUUUUCCUUCGUUACGAGAGAUACGAGAGGUACAGGUCGGGUAGAGCCACACAGAACAAUGGGCUGAUGGAGAUGUUGAAUGAAGCCACAGAGGACAACCUGAUAGACCUGGGCCCAGGCUCCCCCGCCGUGGUCACUCCCAGGAUCACCUCCAGCCCACCGCCACAAACCACUGCUGGGGCCACUGCCUCCCCGGCCCGCAACCCCACCACAGCGUCGCUAUCCACAGCACUGGCUGGUCUAGAUGUGGGUUCAGAAAGUGUGAGAGGCACCCUAUCCUCUCUUUCAGGCCAAAACCAGGAUGACUUUGACAUGUUUGCUCAGACCAGGACCAGCUCUCUGGCUGACCAACGCAAAAAUGUAAAGUAUGAGGACCCUCAGGCUCUGGGCGGCCUGGCCUCGGCUCUGGAUGUCAGACAACAGAACACAGGAGGGCUGAGGGUAAAAGGGGAUGAUAACCCAGCAGAUCAGGAGCUGCCCAUAGACAGCUGGCUUAUUACCCAAGGAAUGAUCCCCGUAUCGCAGUCCUCUGUCAUGGAUGACAUAGAGGAGUGGCUCUGUACUGACGUGAGAGGUGAUGGUUCUGAUGAAGGGGUGACCAGUGAAGAGUUUGAUAAGUUCUUGGAGGAGCGAGCAAAGGCAGCAGACUCCUUACCAUCUCCCCCUGGAGGAAACCCCGCUCCCCCUGUUGGUGCCUCGAGCAGCUCCCACAAGAAGGCCGAGCGGACAGAAGACGCCCUUUUUGCCUUGUAGACUCUUCGCGCAGGGACUCUGUCUUUGUGUGGGGUUAUCUAAAGGUCUCUGCCUUUCUCAGACCCACCCCUAACUUUCCUUGCAGUCUCAUUUCAUUGCUAGCCAGGAGAGGUGUAGCAAAUGAUAUCACCUCCUUUCCGUCUUCUUGCCAGUGUUGCCGUAACAUGCAGAGGUCCAACAUGCUUGCUGCCCAGUGCUGCGUCGUGUGUCACUAUAUAUCGACUUGUUGAUCUGUUAGUGAGGGAUCUGCUUGCAGCCCUGCAUCUCAUUUGUAACGCUCCACCAAAGGAAGGCAAACUAACAUUGCUAGAUGUGGUUUAAAAAGAAAUACAUGCUGUGGCUCUGUCAGUGCGUAUUUCUGCAAAAUGGGAAAGAUGGAUGGAAAAAUUUCACUGAAGGCCCGCACAUUGAGGCAGUAUGAAAAGAUACAACUAGGAAUAUAUUGUGAUGUUUUACUACGUUCAGCUAAUUUAUGCAUUUAUUCUGUUAAUGGUUUGUAUUGUACUAUGUACUAGCGCUGUGGUCAUUGUUCCUCCAUAGAUUUUUUUUUUUAAAAUACAAGUUCUCCAGUUUAGAUUUCUGUUAAUGCCUGUAAUAAUGGAAUACUGUAUAUACGGACUGGGAACAAGUUAUUACUCAUUUUGCCAGAAGCAGUGUGGAUAGAGACUGAUGUUAGCAGGCUAAUUUGCUAACUUGGUAAAUAAUAGCUAAAUCAUAGCUAACCUUGAUAAUCUGUAUGUUAGCAUUUCCUUUAAUCAAAGGGAAUACAAAACAAACUUAGCUGUAAAGCACUUGUUAGCAUUGACUCUUGUUUUUAGUGGCUUAGGGAAAGGGAAAUGCUCAUGUAGUCUUUGCCAUCAGUCUUUUCAGUCCUAUCUGAAAAGGUACAAUAGGAUGACUAGGGAUGCACAAUAUUGGAGUUUUUGCCGAUAUCCGAUAUGCCAAUAUUGUCCAACUUUUUUGGCCAGUACUGAUACCAAUACCGAUACAUGCACAUAUUUUUUUCCACCUAAUUGCAGAGGACAUCAGUGGAUUUAACAUUUUAUUAUGCCUGCUCUUAUUGUGAAGGCCCACUGGCAGAUGCAGACAUAAAAUACGAUGAUUUUCAAAAUGUACACAUUCCACAGAGCAAAAUAAGAAUACUACUUCAACUUAUAUUAUGUAAAACAUGCCAUAUUUAUUUUUUAUAUAACAUCUUCUUUCAAACAAAACUGUAAGAUUCAUCCUACUGAAACAAUCUUGGGUGAUGCUCUGCCUGAGAAAAUCCUGACAACAGCCACAUCAAGGGCAGAUUUGACAUAUUUCACAUAUCGGCAUGUCGCAUAGGCAGCAAUCUUCAUUCAGGCCAAUACUGAUAGUUCAUUUCCAAAGCUGAUAUCGGCCAAUACCGAUGUCAUGCCGAUAUUACCGUGCAUCCCUGAAAAUGACUAAAGAAUUAGACAACAGAAAAUUUUACCAACAAACAGGCUUUGAGCCAUUCCAAAGAAUCUUGAGGCUUUAAUGUCCAAUAAAUGCUUAAAAUUCACAUCUUAAACAAUAACCAUGUUCAGAAAUUAGAGGCUAUUGUGAACAUUUUCCUUCCCCUGAUAUGUUCAUGCCUGUGCACUUUGAAGCAAAAACAGAAAGAAAAAAAAACAAAUCUGUAUAUUAUUCUUUAUGUUUACAAGAUGGUUACUAUUUUUAUAUGGGAUGGGAAAUAGUCUGAAGUUGACUUCAAUUUGCACAUAGCUUUUCUAACUUAAAUUCCAGCUCUUGUCCACGUUGCAAAACACACACUUACAACCUUUUAAAGAAAAAUCAAAAUUACAUGAACACGCAAGACAAAAUAUGGCACUGAAAUUAUCAGCAUGGCAUAGCGCUGGGAACAUAAUUGACUAAAAGAAGGAGAAAAAAGUGUAGCAUACAAAAAUGCUCUAUUGUAAAGGAAGUAUUCAUAUGUAGAUCUUGACAUACUAUAUAUGUACUGUAUAUACCUCAAAAUACAGGAAUAUUAGUUUCUGUAUCUGGUUUAAAAACAAUGUAUUGGCUCAUAGUAAUAUCCAGAAGACAGUGACUCAUGUAUUAUUUGAUCCAUUGAUUGUAUUUUUGUAGUUCAUGGCAAAAAAGAAAAAAAAAUCACCUGUGUUUGUACAGUAAUUGUUCAUCUUUAUGUGGUUACUGCAGCUUGCACUGAGGUGCAUGACCAAACAAACGCAUUUAUGCUUUGUUCAGCAUUAAAUAUGAAACUUGGUUUGUGCAGUCAAAGACGUAUUUUCAUUCCUGGCAUAUUAUUAUCUAUCUGCCCUUGCUGGAGCUGCUGGGUACCACUUCUGUGACUGACUGAUUUCAGCAAAGUAGCUCUAAGUGGAGUUUGUCUUUGGUGUGCUGCUGACAAGUAUGUAAGAUCACACUUGCAGGCAAACGCAGUUCUGCCUUCGUUGAAGCUCUUUUGCUGACACACUGGUUUGUUCUAACUUUGCUCUGCACUUCAAAGAGUUUUUCUUUUUUUUUUUCUCCAGUCAGUCCCUUAAAGACCAAAAGCCUUGUCAAUUUAGAACCAGCCUAUUUGACUUUCGUCCCAAGUUUAUUCAAGCUGAACCAUGUAUGGGAGCUUCUUGUUGAGUUAUCAGUCAACAGUAUAGACUUUCCACCAGAGGGAAAUGCUCAUGAUUUGUUAUACUUGUUAACAUAACUGCAACAUUGACUUUGGAAAUUAUUUGUGUAAGUUGUCUUAUUAUGAUUAAAUAUUUAAAUGCAUUUUAUUAGAACAAAGUAAACAAUUAUUAAUAUCAGCUUUAACUUUGCUUUAUGGCUAGAGUUUUAAAGGUUUUAGUCUGUGCCUCUAAUGAGGUAACCUGAUAACUGAAAUAAUAGCAUCAAAUUUACAAUCAAGCAUUGUGUUCACUUUAAAAAGCUCUUACCAUGCAGACUGAACAAUGAUUAUUAUUUAAAAUGUAACAGGAUCCUUUUAAAGGGAGAUACAUUUUAUGUUUGUGUGCUGCAUAUUUCUGAAUUUGUAACAGAUUGUACUGUUUUAACUGCUUUUUUGAAGCUUAAGCCCAGAUUGCAACAUGUAUUCCUCGAAACUCUGGCUAUCUCAGAAUGGUGACUGAAUGUCUUGAUAUCGAUGAGGCAGAAUGUUUUGCUAAAACAUCGCGGACAUGGAAGAGGGGCUUGUUUUCUGUCAGUGCGUGUCCCAUGUCUGUUCGGCUGUGCUACCUGCUGCCAUUACCUAUGGUUCAGAUCUCUGUUUGACCUAAUGCACGUAUUUAAACUGCCCAAUAAAACACUAGCAGUGUGUGACCUCUA